AAAGUCAUGGUUGGCAGAGAGAAAUAUCUCUGGAAAUGUCUCCUUGGGGGGGUAUGAUACAACUACUUCACAUUAUCUGGGCAUUCCUCAGAUGAAAUAAUAAAACAUCUGUGUUCCUUUCCUUACAUGAUUGGUUGCUCCUGAAUAAUAAUAUUUCAGAAGUAUCCAAGUACCCUAUCUGUUGCUGGCUUAGCUCUCCUUUUCCUGCACAACAUAAGUGUCUGCAAACUAUUAGUGCAAUGAAAAUAGUGCUGUGAGUGCACUAAUAUUCAAAAUACUAACGUGGGGUAAAACUGUUUUUGGCAAAAGUAGGUGGAAAGUGGUGUGCGUGCUUUGGAGUGGCAUAAGCAGACACUUCUCUGGUGCAGUCCAAGUGUAAUGGAAAAGAGCGAAUGCAUUCUUUUGCUCAGGGUGAGGAGGGUGUGCAGACUGAAUUGCAUUUCGCUUCUCAUUUUUGAGGGGUGAAUGGAAAAAGGGCUAAAGAGGGAAAUGGGAAGACCAAAGGUGGAUGUAGGAAACUGCUUGUGGUGGUUGGAUUGAAAUGGUACUUGCUUUUCACUUGUUUAUUGAAACUUUCUAAAAUAUCAACAUUGCUGGGAAUGUAACGCUUGGUUUUUCUUUUUAAAUCACUCCACACCUUGACAAACCUUUGUGGGCCUUGAUUCUGCUCUUGGAUUGGAUCACCAUCACAGUCUGUGAGGAGCUAUAUGGGCUUGAGUCUGCCAAUGGCAGGAUUUCAACCCCCCAAACACUGACAUUCUGCUAGCCUACCUGAAUCAGAAAAGGUUCAUACACAACAGUGAAAUGGACCAGAGUAGGUUCAUUGUUGGUGCGGAGUGAAAUGCAGGCCAGUAAAACCUGAGUGUGUUCAGCAUGAUCCAAAACUGCAGUCCGGUGGUCCAGGCGCUGCUCGGGACUUUAUUUACCUGGGGGCUGACAGCUGCUGGCUCUGCGCUAGUCUUUGUAUUUUCCAGUGGCCAGAGGCGAAUCCUAGAUGGAAGCCUGGGCUUUGCUGCUGGGGUCAUGUUAGCUGCUUCUUACUGGUCCCUCCUGGCUCCUGCCAUUGAAUUGGCUGAAGAUUCUGGGAAUUUCGGGGCUUUUGCUUUCUUCCCGGUAGCUGUUGGCUUCACCCUGGGAGCAGCUUUUGUCUUCUUGGCCGACCUCCUCCUUCCAUUGCUGGGCAUCAGUGAACCUCCCCAUGUCGCCUUGUCUAGGAGCUACGAUCCGAGAGCGGUGAAAGAGAAGUAUGACCCCGAGCCGACUUAUCACCAGGAGUACGGGAAUGAGCUCUCCAUCCGGAUAGGUAGAACUGGGCUUCAUUCAGACAGAGGUGAAAAUGGGGAGCCCUAUCAGAGGCGGAAGGGCGUUGGAGCCAGCCAAUCAGAAGUCCCAUCUGCAUCUCAGACUUCUGGAGACAGCGCAUUGACCCCAGGAAGUAGCAGUUGGAGGCGAAUUAUGCUGCUCAUUCUAGCUGUAACGAUACAUAACAUUCCAGAGGGUCUAGCUGUUGGAGUUGGAUUUGGGGCUGUUGGGAAGUCAGCAUCUGCAACCUUUGAAAGCGCCAGGAACUUAGCAAUUGGGAUUGGAAUUCAGAAUUUUCCAGAAGGCCUUGCUGUCAGCCUUCCUUUGCGUGGUGCUGGAUUUUCAACAUGGAGAGCAUUUUGGUAUGGACAGCUAAGUGGCAUGGUGGAACCUUUAGCUGGUGUCUUUGGUGCCUUUGCCAUGGUUCUGGCAGAACCCCUCCUCCCCUAUGCUUUGGGCUUUGCUGCCGGUGCUAUGGUCUAUGUGGUCAUGGAUGACAUCAUCCCAGAAGCACAAACCAGGUUCUGUCGUGAGAGAGGGAAGAGAAUUCUGGGACACUAACAGGAAAACCAACCUGCUGCUGGAGCACAGGCCAGGACCGUCUCUGAAGGAGGGGGCUUCGUUCCACCUAGUAGCCCUUUGGGAAGUGAAAUUCUGGGAAGCUUUGCCUGGGACCCCUCAGUUUGCAGAAGGGGAACUCUCCACCUGCUGGACCCGAAGUAGAGGCAUUGGAGGAAAGAAGCUCAGGUUUUGGAGGCUGUGGUGGGAUCUUUCAGCUAGCUGCCCCCAUCAUGGAAAUGGCCUCCUGACCAGUUGCCCACGGUGCAGUUACUAUGGUUCAAUUUCUCUGCUUUACCCAGCUUUCUCCUGGCUCUCUCUUAUCUCGGAGACUCCCAUGCAGAGAAGGGACUUAAGCAGCCUCCUUCAAGACGCACUCUUCUGGGCCUUUAGACUUGGAAAUUCUCCUCUUGUCCAGGAGACUUUCAGGCCAGAUAUGUUGGGGUGAACAGCUAUGUGCUUUUAAGCCAAAUAGGAGCUUGAUUUCUCUGCUCUUUGAAAAGAGCCCGCUGUUGGCCCGUUUCCAUGGAAGCAGCCAUGGAAAUUUUUUUCUCCUCUCUCCCUUCUGACUUCUUUGGGUCUUGGUCCUGUACGUGUGGCUGGUUUGACCCAUGCGGAGAGCAUGAUGCAGCCCCUUGCUGUGGCAGGAGCAAAGGUGAAAAUGUCUAAGCCCUUGCGACACUGGGAGCUGAAUGCUCGGAAUGGCUGUUGGGAAGAGAGCACAUUGGUCUGUUUGCUGGGAUAGCUGCAUGAGAUGCAAAUCCUCUCAUGGUGUAGGGAAAAGACUUGCUGUAUGGUUCUGCGUACAUCAGUCCAGCGCAAGCCCAAGGGAACGCCACCUAAAACAGAAGGGGCCAACGCAUUGUUGCAACCUCAUUUAAAAAAUAAACCAGGUUGGCUGGGGACUAGGUGAAGGAACACGGGAGACCUGUAACCACAGUGAGGGGGAGGAUGAAGGCAACAGUACCAAGUUGGGGAACUGUCACCAUCAGCAUCUAUUAAAUGUCUCUUUUAAAAAAAAAAUCCAUUGCCUCUCUUGCUACUCAAUUCCUUCUGCCUUCACUCUGAGACCUCUGCACUGGGCCCUGUCAGACAGCUGGAGAGUGGAAGUCUUUGAUAUAAAGCUGGUCAGCACCUUGGCAACCAUCUCUACACUUAAGUGUUCAAGAUGGGAAGUUUUUGCUUUCCACUAUAUCCCACCCACCCCUAUUAAAGGGCACAGCCUGACAUGGUGUGAGCAGGACUUCAGGCUCCAACAUGCUUCCUGCUCAAGUGGCAACUCUGAAUUUGAAUGCCUUCCCCUUAAUGUGUGUGGUUUUCAACUCCCAAACCUGAGUGUUGUCAUUUCUCUACCCCACCCCCAAUAUUCAUGCAAAGCACAAGAAGGUGCUCUGUGGAACUAUACAGUAGUUAGAUCUUUCUUUUUUUUUUUUUUUUUUUUUUUUUAAAUACAGAUUGAAAAUUUUUUGAAAUGGACAAAGUUUAUGCCUUCUUCAAUGAGAAAAUAGCUCCUAUGGAAUUGAAGACAAGUUAGAAUAAAGAUCGUAUGUUUAAUAUGACUGAAUUCAGUGUGUGAUGAUGAUGCUUCUCUUAUCAAGGACCUAGCUCGGAGAUCUACAACAUUUCAUGGUUUAAGUUUGUAUGUUUCCUGCAUAUCUAUUGAAUUGGUAUCCCAAUGCUGUGGCUUCCUGCCCACUUUGCGUUUUGGGUUCAGACUUGCAGGGACUCGGUCAGAAAUGCUGUAUGUCCACAUAGUAUUUGACUUGAAACUAUCCUUUGGCCCAGAAUUGCUCAAAGGUUUUGAGACCCUUUCGUGCUCUUGGGCUGAUAUUUGGGAGAUAGGAAAUCCGAAUCAAAUGAUGGUUGAGUGGCUUGUGAUUUUUGUAGUGAUGGUUUGUGUGGCUCAUAAUGAAAGAUGUAGGGAGCCCAGUUUCACAUUUGUUCAUUUAAUUAUGGGAGCCCUGUUUUGCUGAUGGGCACAUUGAUUCCAUUUGGUGGGCCAUUUCAUGUACCUAAGUGCCCAGCUGCAGAACUGGGAGUCUGUUAGGGGAUGCGGAAUAGAUGUGAUCAUAAGGAUGUUCUUGCCUCCAUUUUUCCAAUGACCCAAAGGCAGGUCAAAUGUUGCUCUUGAGUCUCCUCUCGCCUAUACAAGCCUAAAAUAGAAUAACUUGGUGGAAGUUGUUGGUCACACUGCAAGUGAGAGGAGACUCUGACUGUGUGCAAACGACUCCUAAAACAGUUUCCCCCCAUGUCAUGUAGUGCUGUCUUGUGGCAAUGAUGUACUUACAAGGUACACAGAGGAUCCAAAGGAUAAGAGGAAAGAGCUAAAUUGGCUUGAAUGCAAGAGUAAUCCUGUAGUUUAUUCAGGUGCUUGAGUGCUUUUGAAUGGUUGUACAGGUAUUUCUACUCCUGGAUGCAUGAAGAGUUGAGCAAAGCUCAGUGUAUUGGCAUUCUGCAGCCCCAGCCUCAUUAAAGCAGCAGUAACUAGUAGGAACAGUCCUCAGGAAAAUUAUAGGGUUCCCGACAGUGAGUCAAACCUGGAUAUUCAUGAUUGCUUUGAGUCCCAGUAUUGCUGCCAGCUGGGGAUUCAUCAUACACUUCUCCUGCUAAAAAUACAGCCUAAAUCUUUCAUAGGGAGAGAAUUCAAGCCAUGGCUCUUAUCCUGCUUGCUGUAACAGCACUGCUCCAGUGGGCUACUGACAUAGUGUCCCUAAAAUGUCUGUGUGAAGAUUAGACUUUCAGUCAGUGUAAAACCCCCCGCACAGUCACACUGUGCAUUCCAGGGUAACAUACGUGAUGUGUACGGCAAGUUACGUAGGGAGUGUGAGUGUAACCUACCCAUGGGGGGAGGAAUGAUGGGCUUAUAGCAGGAAACGCAACCAACAGGCAGCUAUAAAAUGUCUACACCCUUCUUACACCCUCCUGUUGGUUGCUUUUCCUACUACCGUUCUACCCGCCAGCCUCUACGAUACACAGCACUCAUCUGAUGGUAUCAUGUUCCCUACCACUUAAAAUCAUGUCUGCACUCAAACUCACUGAGUUAAAAUCUGCUUUGUUACACCAGUGACUUUUUUUUUUUUUAAAUGGGGUUGCAGAGAUGUAACUGUAUAUUUGCAUUACCGUCACACCUAGAAGACUGGCCCCCAUUGUGCUAGGUACAAUACAAAGAGACAGUCCCUGGCCAAAAUGCUUAUGAGACGAGAGACAACAGAUGGGGGAGCUCAAGGACACAAUGAGACAACACAGGUCAACAUAGGAGCGGUGGUUUCAGCACACCACCAGCCAAGCCAUGGUCAAGUUGGUUUUUUUGUAGGCAUCAUGGCAGAGAAACAUGUGCAGAACUUGACCUAUGGGUUGGCAUUUUCAGAAAGGCUUCACACCUAGUGAGAAAAAUGGCCCAGAGUGUCUCCACUGAUGUUUGUCCUUUUCUUAAUGCCACUUUACACUAACACCCAUGCAUAAUGUGCACAGCUGCCACCCUGGGGCAUCUCUUUAAUUGUCCCAUCUCUUUUCCGGCAGCUCAAACCAAUUUGUCCUUUGCAGCUGUUGUGUUUCAAACAGACAAACGUAUUUUGGAUUUCUGACAGGGAAGAUAUGAUUUUGGAGGAUAGUUCAAAUUGUGGCUGUGCACGGCUGUGAAUGUAUGUUUGUUCUCUCAUCCAGAAGAGCUACAUUUCUUUGCUUACUCCACCUGUCAGUUAGCUUGUUACCAUAGGAAUGGGCAAACGCUAGAGAACACAGGAUAGAUCAGGGACGAAGGGCUGGAAUAUAGCCCUGGUUGCUGGUUGUUCCCUCCCAGCAGUUGGUUGGUUGCAGUCCUUUGCCUUGAGGACAGGCCUCCAUGUGUCCAAAGAAGCUGCCAUCACAGCUGCACUAAUUCAUCCUAUUUUCUAGUUGGGGAGCAAGGGCACUAAAGUAACCUCUAGCAGGGGAGGCAGCUCCAGAGCGGAGAUGAAGGAAGCUGGCAUUGUUUCUACCUCGAGUUGUCGCUCCAGGACCUCUUACCACCACACGGUUCAAUGCUCUUCUUAUCUAAAUACAAGUCUUUUUAAAAUGAUUGGACCACGUUUGCAGCUCAGGGAGGUGGGUGCAGUUGUAACAGGAUCUGCUUUUUCAUCCAAGUUGUCCUGCACCAACCCCUGCUAUUCUGCUGCUAGGUCUAAACUAAACUCGGGGUGUGUCUACGUUCACCACCACCCUAGUUUGUACACACAUACAGUUGUAUAAAGGUGCUUAACACGGAUCGCUUUUUCCUAUAAGGGAAGGGGCAUAAUCUAUACUGUACAAGGCAUCUUUAUACUGCAGUAACUACAUCCACGCUAAAGGUAGAAUUGAUGGGACUAUUUUGGUUUUAA